AUGCCCGACCCAUUCUCUCGGGACAGCUUAUAUUGCUCCAACCGAAGGAGGUACACGUGUAUUGUGCUGGGUUACACAGGGAUAUGGUGGUAUCGAGGGGUCGGCGAAAGCUGUGUGUUUCUUCGCUGGUCUGAGCCCGCGGCACUCGGGGAAUUGGAUAUCGAUCCUUCACCCUUUUUUUUUUCUUUUUUGUCACGUCUUCAACUCCUAGUUUGGACACGAGUUGGCGCAAAUGCCCUGUCCUAUCGGAAGUCCCCGACAAAUUUAUCAUCCGGUAAACUGCGCACUUCCGUUUUAGCCUUAGCUAAGGAAGCUAAACAUUGCUUUUGUGUUUUGCUGGGGAUCCGAACUUUUCCAGGAAUACGGAGUAGCCACUUAUUUAAUCCGUGGCUCUGA